AUGGCCAGACUCCUCUCCCUACCUCCAUUCCCCGAUGAUGUACCCAUCCACCCCCUACUUAUCAUCGACUACGAACUUCUGCUCAAGCGAGACGAUGCCGAAAUUGACAAGCUUUGGAAGGCUUCAACCGAGCUGGGCUUUUGGUACCUGAAGAACCACGGCGUGGAUCCAGAGGUGGACGAGAUGUUCGAGAUGGGCGCCGAGACCAUGCGCCUCCCUCUCGAGGAGAAGAUGCAGUACGAGCAGGGCGACGAGGGGAUGUCGUUCGGCUACAAAGCCGCCGGCGCGAACGCGACCAACGAGACCGGCGCGCUCGACACUGUCGAGUUCAUCAACGUGGCCAAGGACGAUGCGCUCGCGUGGCCUGCACGCGUUCAUCGCGAGUACCCGUCCACAGUGAACGCGCGCAUGGAGUCGACCAUCAGACCGUUCGUGAGGAAGUCGCUCGCCGUCAACAUGACGCUCCUCAAUAUCCUUAACGACCGCCUCGGGCUUCCGGAGGGCACUCUUGCAACGCGGCACAAGCUCGAGGAGCCGAGCGGGAGCGAGGCGCGGACGAUCAAGAAUCCGCCUCGCCCGAACGGGAUGACCGAGGAGCAGGCCGCGAUCGGCGCUCACACGGACUUCGGAUCCUUGUCAUUCUUGCACAAUCGUCUCGGGGGCUUGCAGGUGAUGGUACCUGGCACGAACGAAUGGCAGUACGUCAGGCCUAUCCCCGGGCAUGCGAUCUGCAACCUGGGUGAUGCGAUGGCGAUCUUCAGCGGGGGGAUAUUGCGUUCCAACCUGCACCGCGUCGUGCCUCCGCCGAAGGAGCAAGGCAAACUCGAGCGCUGGUCUCUCGUGUUCUUCACCCGCCCCGGGAACUCGCAAGUUCUCCGUCCUCUAUCGGAGGACUGCACGAUGAUUGCAGAAGCGGCGGCCAAGGACACGACGGGGAGACUCAACACAGGCUCGACCUCGGCCGAGUGGUUUUCGCGGAGGAUCAAGAACCAGCGCAUCAAGAACCGUACGGGUCCAGAGACGUGGAGAAGCAGCCGGGGAACCGAGCAUCGCCCCUCGGCGGCUUGA